CACCACAGCCCUUCACCAGUCCCGCUCUCAAUCUGGGCUACCUGGUCAGCAUUCCCUCUUUAGAGCUUUCUCAUAAACUUUGCAGUUAGAAAAUGGAAAUCCAGAAAGCCUUAGAGAGAUUUUUUUUUUUCAAAUGCAAUGAAUGGGGAGUAGUUCUUUGAGCACCCUCUUAUUCACCUCUUCUUUCCUCUGGCUGCCUGUCCUCCCACCCCACCCCCCAACCUGGAUGCCUAUCUACUAGAAAAGGCGCGAUAGCUUCUCUUCUCUCCAAGAUCGAGCUCUGAAGUCUAAUAUUCAUUUACUCUCACUCCCUGCCACACACCCCAAGUGUCUUCUCAGUGUUCUUACAGUCACCAGGUCCUCUGGACAAUUCUUGUCAUAACCCCAUUUCACAGACAAAGGCUUAGGAGGGAAAAAGAAUCAAACUGUUUCCUGUGUUAGCCAUUUUAAUGCUGUCCAGCCCCAAACGCCCAGUUCCCAUCCCUGAUGCUUCUUGUGCCUGUGUCUUGAACCUUCACAAUAGGAUGUGUGCGAUAUGGGGUGUCUCUUGGAUAGCUUUGUGCAGUUUCUUUAUAAAUCUGCAUUGUUGCUUCUGGUUUGUGGCCAUGAAGAAAAUACCAGCCCCCACCCAAAAGGCACUGCAGCCAAGUCGGUUAAAGGCAUUGAGUGUUGGAGUCAGUAGGGGGCGCAUUCUCUGCACUGGGUAAGGCUGCAGAGGGGGGAAGGGCCCCAGAACUAGAACAGGAUGUGCUUAACAGCGCCUUCUACAGACCAUGGGAAAAUGGGCCCAGCAAGACUUGCAGUGGGUGAGCUGACAGCAACAUGGCGAAGGAUUAAGUGAGUCUAGAGAGAGAUUUUAUUUAAGAAAGCCACUUCUCCGUUUGGAAAGUUGUCUUUUUUACUUUUUCAAAUAUGUUCACCCUCAGACUUCGAUUGCUGAUCAGUCACCUUGGUGUACAUCCUUGGGUCAUAGGUUCCCUUUCUCAAGAAUUCCUUGGCCUUAAGGUCUGAUGUGUUGACAUCUCUUUUCUAGGCCAGGUGUAAAGGGGGUUGUUUAAAACCUGAAAGUCAUAGGCUUGGGGGAUGAUCACUGGUCAAUCCAAAUCUUUCCAACUCUUUGGAGAGUGAAAAGUCAUUCUUGAGAGGUUUUUGUGGGGUAAUGAUUUUGAUAGCCAUGCAAGAUGGGUGUCGGGAUUUGCAAGGCUUUGUUGGUAAACACCAGGUCCCUAUUGAGUUCUUCAUUGUCAAACUUAAUAGAGUUAAUUGCAGAAGUGUGUUGCCUUCCACCUUCAGCAGCCUUCCAGCAGUACACUGUCAAUAGCCAACGCCUUUGCAAGUGUUGACACCAGUCUUCAGUGCGCACCCACCUUUUCAGGGUGUGUGGAUUUCUGUAGAUUUUAUUCCUGUUGUUAUUUCCAUAGGUGUGAGAUGCACAGUACGAAACCUAGGCCCCAACUUUUACACCGCGAUGCACAGGGUUGCACUUUUUGUACUGAACUGAUAGGUGGCCUAGUGGUUAUUCCCUGUACUGCCAUUUUGAGGAUCUGGACUCCGUUCCCUGCCUUGCUCUUUGGACUACAUUGUCAAUUCACACCGAAACUAUGUUCCAACUUCCUGUCAACAAUCUUGGCAGUUUAAGAAAAGCCCGGAAAACUGUGAAAAAAAUACUUAGUGACAUUGGGUUGGAAUACUGUAAAGAACAUAUAGAAGAUUUUAAACAGUUUGAACCUAAUGACUUUUAUUUGAAAAACACUACAUGGGAGGAUGUAGGACUGUGGGACCCUUCUCUUACAAAAAAUCAGGACUAUCGGACAAAACCUUUCUGCUGCAGUGCUUGUCCGUUUUCCUCAAAAUUCUUCUCUGCCUACAAAAGUCAUUUCCGGAAUGUCCAUAGUGAAGACUUUGAAAAUAGGAUUCUCCUUAACUGCCCUUACUGUACCUUCAAUGCAGAUAAAAAGACUUUGGAAACACACAUUAAAAUAUUUCAUGCUCCAAACUCCAGCGCACCAAGUAGCAGCCUCAGCACUUUCAAAGAUAAAAACAAAAACGAUGGCCUUAAACCUAAGCAGGCUGACAAUGUAGAGCAAGCCGUGUAUUACUGCAAGAAGUGCACUUACCGAGACCCUCUCUAUGAGAUCGUCAGGAAGCACAUCUACAGGGAACAUUUUCAACACGUGGCAGCACCCUACAUAGCAAAGGCAGGAGAAAAAUCACUCAAUGGUGCAGUCUCUCUGGGCACAAAUGCCCGAGAAGAGUGUAACAUCCACUGCAAGCGAUGCCUUUUCAUGCCCAAAUCCUAUGAAGCUUUGGUACAGCAUGUCAUUGAAGACCAUGAACGGAUAGGCUAUCAGGUCACUGCCAUGAUUGGACACACAAAUGUUGUAGUUCCCCGAGCCAAACCCUUAAUGCUAAUUGCUCCCAAACCUCAAGAAAAAAAGAGCAUGGGACUCCCACCAAGAAUCAGUUCUCUUGCUUCUGGAAAUGUCCGGUCUUUGCCAUCACAGCAGAUGGUGAACCGAUUGUCAAUACCAAAGCCCAAUUUAAAUUCAACGGGAGUCAACAUGAUGUCCAAUGUUCACCUGCAGCAAAACAACUAUGGAGUGAAAUCUGUGGGCCAGAGCUAUGGUGUUGGCCAGUCAGUGAGGCUGGGGCUAGGUGGCAAUGCUCCAGUUUCCAUCCCUCAACAGUCUCAGUCUGUCAAACAGUUACUUCCAAGUGGAAAUGGGAGGUCCUACGGGCUAGGUGCUGAGCAGAGGCCCCCGGCAGCUGCCAGGUAUUCCCUGCAGACUGCCAACACGUCCUCUCUACCCCCAGGCCAGGUAAAGUCUCCCUCUGUGUCUCAGUCACAGGCAUCUAGAGUAUUAGGUCAGUCCAGUUCUAAACCUCCACCAGCAGCCACAGGCCCUCCUCCAAGCAACCAUUGUGCCACUCAGAAGUGGAAAAUAUGUACAAUCUGUAAUGAGCUUUUUCCUGAGAAUGUCUACAGUGUUCACUUCGAAAAGGAACAUAAAGCGGAGAAAGUUCCAGCAGUAGCUAACUACAUUAUGAAAAUACACAAUUUUACUAGCAAAUGCCUCUAUUGUAAUCGCUAUCUGCCCACAGAUACCCUGCUCAACCAUAUGUUAAUUCAUGGUCUGUCUUGUCCAUAUUGCCGUUCCACCUUCAAUGAUGUGGAGAAGAUGGCAGCACACAUGCGAAUGGUUCAUAUUGAUGAGGAGAUGGGGCCUAAAACGGAUUCUACCUUGAGCUUUGAUUUGACAUUGCAACAGGGCAGUCACACCAACAUUCAUCUCCUGGUGACCACAUACAACCUGAGAGAUGCCCCGGCUGAAUCAGUUGCUUACCAUGCCCAAAAUAAUGCCCCAGUUCCUCCAAAGCCACAACCAAAAGUUCAGGAAAAAGCUGAUGUCCCUGUUAAAAGUUCACCUCAAGCUGCAGUGCCCUAUAAAAAAGAUGUGGGGAAGACCCUCUGCCCUCUCUGCUUUUCAAUCCUAAAAGGACCCAUAUCUGAUGCACUUGCACAUCAUUUACGAGAAAGACACCAAGUUAUUCAGACAGUUCAUCCGGUUGAGAAAAAGCUAACUUACAAAUGUAUCCAUUGCCUUGGUGUGUAUACUAGCAACAUGACAGCCUCAACCAUCACUCUGCAUCUAGUCCACUGCAGGGGUGUUGGAAAGACCCAGAAUGGCCAGGACAAGACAAACGCACCUUCUCGGCUCAAUCAGUCUCCAGGCCUGGCCCCUGUGAAGCGCACAUAUGAGCAAAUGGAGUUUCCACUGCUAAAGAAGCGAAAGCUGGAGGAUGAGAAUGACUCCCCAGGCUGCUUUGAAGAGAAGCCGGAAGAGCCUGUUGUUUUAGCUUUAGACCCCAAGGGUCAUGAAGAUGAUUCAUAUGAAGCUAGGAAAAGCUUUCUCACAAAGUACUUCAACAAACAGCCCUAUCCCACUAGGAGAGAAAUUGAGAAGUUAGCUGCCAGUCUGUGGCUGUGGAAGAGCGACAUUGCCUCCCAUUUCAGUAACAAGAGGAAGAAGUGUGUCCGUGACUGUGAGAAGUAUAAGCCUGGUGUGCUGCUAGGUUUUAACAUGAAAGAAUUAAAUAAAGUCAAACAUGAGAUGGAUUUUGAUGCUGAGUGGCUAUUUGAAAAUCAUGACGAGAAAGCCUCAAGAGUCAAUGCUAGCAAGACUGUUGACAAAAAGCUUAACCUUGGGAAAGAAGAUGACAGCUUCUCAGAUAGUUUUGAACAUUUGGAAGAAGAAUCCAAUGGAAGCGGCGGCCCUUUUGACCCUGUCUUUGAAGUUGAGCCUAAAAUUCCCAGUGAUAAUGCAGAGGAGCCUGUGCCGAAGGUAAUUCCUGAAGGUGCUUUGGAGUCUGAGAAGCUAGACCAAAAAGAGGAGGAGGAUGGUUCAAAAUAUGAAACCAUCCAUUUGACUGAGGAACGAGCCAAACUGAUGCAUGAUGCCUCUGAUAGUGAGGUAGACCAAGAUGAUGUGGUUGAGUGGAAAGAUGGUGCUUCGCCAUCUGAGAGUGGGCCUGGUUCCCGACAGGUCUCAGACUUUGAGGAUAAUACAUGUGAAAUGAAACCAGGAACCUGGUCUGAUGAGUCUUCCCAGAGUGAAGACGCAAGGAGCAGUAAGCCGGCUGCCAAAAAAAAGGCUACAGUGCAAGAUGACACAGAGCAGUUGAAAUGGAAGAAUAGUUCCUAUGGAAAAGUUGAAGGGUUUUGGUCCAAGGACCAGUCACAGUGGGAAAAUGCAUCUGAGAAUGCAGAGCGCUUACCAAACCCACAGAUUGAGUGGCAGAAUAGCACAAUUGACAGUGAGGAUGGGGAGCAGUUUGACAGCAUGACCGAUGGAGUUGCCGAUCCCAUGCACGGCAGCUUAACUGGAGUGAAGCUGAGCAGCCAGCAAGCCUGAGGCCCUGGCCUGCCAUAGCGUACGGGCUGUGUUCUGUCCUGGACUUAUGCUCUCCUUCCAGUCUGACUGCAAAGCUGUCUUCUAAGCUGGAACUACCUUGUAAGGACUGGUCAGUCAGCGGGCUGUGGGGAUAUGUGACCACUACAGUCCAGUGGUCACUUCCAAGUCUAUGACAUAUAUUGGUUGAUCUUGCUUCAGACUCUUCUCUGGUAGACUGGGUGAUGAAGUGUGAAAAACCAAUAAGCUGUGGCUCAUGAAUGCACACAGGGAGGAGGAGUUCAGUACCUAUCUGCCUUCCCAGCAUUUCUUCCCCUCAGUAAGAAGUUUGGUUGGAUGUCCUGGGAAAGCCUUACCCUGAUUCACAUAGUAGUGCAGGGCGGGCAUACACACUACCAGUCAAAUGUGUCUACUAGACGUGGGAACAUGGACUGGGUUUUUUUUUUUUUUCAUGUAUUCAUUCUGAAUAGUUGAAAUGUAUAUUUGUACAGUCUUUUAGACCUCAAGUGAUGCUUAUGACACUGUUACUGUGUGCCCGUCAUAGAUUGGUUUUUAGUGUUGCCCUUGCUGUGUGAUAAAUGCUAUAUCUAGUUUACCUAGCAGAAGCUUGACCCUGCGAUAGUAUGGACCUUUGGACAGACUUAGUUUUUGCACAUAACCUUGUACAAUCUUGCAACAGAGGCCAGCAACAUAAGAUAUAUAUCUGGACUCUCCUGUAUUAUAGAAUUUUUUUCUUGUUCUGAGUAUCCUUGACAUUACAAUUGUCAAAAAUGGUAUUUCAGAUCUCUUUCUGAGACCUUUUAAGCUAAAAUAACAUGCAAGAAUUGAUUUUACAGCUACUAAUUUUGACACCUUUUAGAUCUGUAAGAGUGUUGUGUCAGAGCAGCAAGCACAGUUGAGCGCUGCAUUUGGGAUAUUUAGUUUUCUCUUUAGUUGAGCACCACCAUCGUUUAUACCAUCUAAUAUAUGACACACUGUUGUGGUCUGUAUGAUUCUGCGGUCUUUAUUUCCCUUUGUAUUCAUUUUAAGCAUCUAAAUAAAUUGCUGUAUUGUGCUUAAUGUAAAUAUUUGCUUUUAUUACACACCACAGUCCUGUGUGUCUGUUAACAUCUUUUGCUGUUUGAUACCACAGCACCCUGGGCAGAGAUGGAAGCCACUCUCACAAAGUACUGUGGGAAAUCACGAUCUAUCAUUUGCCUAAAGCAUGCUUUCUCUCCAGGCACCUGCUACAGAUUGUGUUCAUUUGUGUAUGUUUCCUUUUUGCUGCAAAAGUAAACAUUCUUGAGGUUUUCAAUUCCCCUUUUGAUAAGGACCAGAGCCUGCCUGGGUCUCUAUGUAGAUCAUCAUAGUGGAGGACAGAACUCUGUUGGCCCUGGUGGGCUUUCUUCCCUGCGUCCUGUUCAUUCCCUCCUUAUGGCAACACUUGUACCAAGCAGGCAGCUGCUCUGUCUCUGGAGUCCUUUGACUGUUUUGCCCUGAAGAGAGAGGCUGGUGAGCACACAGUUGGGGCACUUGGCACUGAUGGAGCUGGUACAUUGACUGAGCAAGAGAGUUCUGAGAACAGGCUAAAUGCAGAGUGCAGUAAGGAGGCAGAAGUGGCAGAACAUACAGGGUGGGACUUCUCCGUGCUGGGGGAGGUCAGCCACCUCUCUGCUACCUUACCUUAGAGAAGUCAGAAGUGGCUACCUUCAGGACUCCUGAGCCUCUUUCAAGAAAAGACCUGUUACCUGACUUAGUACCAGUAAAGGAGAAUGUGCAGUUCUAGCAUGAGCUGCUAUAGCUGGCUUGGAGCUUUUCUAGUCAGUUGCCAGGAUACAUUAUAAAUGUGUGCAGCAGCUCUCCCCCGGGGAGGGUUAUCUCCAUGUCCACAUGCUAAAGACACCCAAUCAGAAACACCAGCUGACUUUCUUUUUAAGCCACCUCCCAUUUGUGCAAAUUUAGGUCUGCAAGGACCAGUAAUGAGACCAGUACAGGUAGAAUGGAAGUGAGGUUGUGGUCCUCCCUGGACCUGUGCAGCGUCCAGGUGCUUCCCUGCCAAGUGGAUGGGUGUGAGACCUCAGCACCAAAAGGGGUGUAACUGCUGUGGAAUUUGGUGCCCAACUGGAAAUCAUGCUGAAGCUCUAAAAGUGUCUCAAUAAAAGCCAUUUUGAAAGAAAGAA